AUGGCCGAGCAAAGUGCCGCGAGCCAUGAGCAGGAGUUGAAGCGUGAGCCGAAACCCUGGGACCGAGAUCGACGUGAAGCUUCCGACCGGGAUCCUUAUGGAAGCACGCCGCCAGCGAGAAGUGCCUACGAUGCCUAUGGGCGUCGGUAUGAGGAUUUGUACAGGGACCCGUAUGGGCCUUAUGGGUCCUAUCCCGGGUAUGAUCCACAUUACGAUCCCUAUGCAAGGCAUCAUUACCCACCACCAGCAUAUCCAGGAUAUUAUCCACCACCCGGUUAUGGCUAUCCGCCGCAUCCACCACACGCAUACGGGCCUCCUGGAUAUCCUCCACCAGGAUAUCCACCACCGGGCUACCCACCUCACUACCCGCCGCCUGGCUACCCGCCACCUGGCUAUCCGCCCCCAGCGCCGUCCGACAGGGAGCCUGCGAGGAGGAGCCGGUCGCCCAGAGGUGGAAAGGGCUCGAAGAAGGGCAAGGACUCAAGUCGCGCUAAGCGCAAGCGCGACGACUCCCCGGAUGAUUCGGGCACCAUUGUAAAUGGAGCCGAUAUCAAUCUAACUUUAGCAGAGGUUUUCCCGCGGCUUACGAAGGCUGCGAAGGAGCAGGAGGGAAGCCGCUUCCUGCAAUGGAAGCUGGCCGGCAACUGCAAUCAGGAGGAAAAGGCCAAGAUCUACGACUUGGCAAUGCCUGAGACGGUCAAGCUGUCCAGCGAUGCUUUCGGCAACUUUGUGGUGCAGAAGCUCCUGGAGUACGGAACGCCCGAACAGCUUGAGGUGAUGCAUUCAAGAGUCAAAGGCCAUGUGCUUGAGCUGUCUGAGCAUAAGUUCGGCUGUCGGGUCAUCCAGAAGAUGCUGGAGGUGUUCCCCUCGCACCACAAGGCUUCUAUCGCUGCAGAGCUCCGGGACAAGGUCGUCCAAUGCAUUUACGACAGUCAUGGCAAUCAUGUUGUCCAGAAGAUCGUGGAAAACAUGAACACGGAUGCCAGCGACUUUGUCAUACGCGCCAUUGCCGCGAAGGCAACGGAAAUGGCUGCGCACAUGUUUGGAUGUCGGAUUAUCCAGAGACUCCUCGAGAACUGUGAUGCGGAAGAGCUUGCAGUUGUCCUGGAUCCCAUUGUUGCUUCAGCCGGGAAGCUCGCCAAGGACAACCAUGCGAAUUAUGUGAUCCAAUGUGUCUUGGAGCGGGGGCGCGAAGAGGACAAGCGCAAGAUAGUCCAGGCCAUUCGGGGAAGCAUACUUGACUUCUCGAAGAACAAGGUCUCCAGCAAUGUGGUUGAGAAGUGCUUCGAAAUCACUGCGAUUGGCGUUCAUGCGGAAGAGCUGGCAGAUGAAAGAUCCGCGCUGAUGCGCGCGAUGCUGGGCGCUUCCUCAGAUCCUGCGGCACCCAUUGCGAAGCUCAUGAAGGACCGCUUUGGUAACUACACCGUCCAGCGGAUCAUUGAGUACAGCCGUGGCCACGACUGGGAGGAGCUGUGCCAGCGACUCGAGGCAGCGGCCCAGGACCUCAAAAAGUCCCCUACUGGGCAGUACAUUAUCACAGCGCUGCAGAAGAAGAAGGCUGCGAUGGCAUCCCUCACCAUCAUGUACAUGCUGGUUGGUGUUCUGGUAGAUGUGAUGAGUGCCGUGUCUGCGUCAGAGAAGGAGAGGCUUGCUGCCGCCUUUAUUGCCGGAGAGCUCAGGGAGGAGCUGGCCAAAUCAAACCGUCAUCAGGACGUCUGUUUCACGCAGGAGGAGUUUGGACAAUUCAUGAUGGAGCCAGGUGUCAGACGGGUUGCCCAAGACUCCGGAGUAGACGUCGUGACCAUGGCAGACAUGUUGGAUGUGGUCUAUGAGGAUUUCUCCAAGGGCAACUUGGCCAUGUUCUGGAGAUAUUGA